AUGCAGCAUCUGCCACCCAUUUUGCAACCCUACAUAUCCCAUUCUCACUCUAGGCAUCAAGUGGAAAGGUGGCAUGCGAGCAAGAAGAGACGGCCGGCCAAAGACGCCGUCACGGCGCAGUCUUCUCGCCCGUUAAAGAAGCGGCGUUCACACCACCGACAGAAAGCUGCAGCAGAAUCAUCAGCAGCACCAGCAACAGCCGCACGAGAAGAGGCGCUGCAGGCUACGAGCAGGGAGAGAGAGAGAGAGAGAGAGAGAGAGAGAGAGAGAGAGAGAGAGAGAGAGAGAGAGAGAGAGAGAGAGAGAGAGAGAGAGAGAGAGAGAGAGAGAGAGACGGGCAGAAGAAGAGGCAUGCAAAUUGCCCGUCUGGACCAAGAAGGGGAAAUCACAAGUUCUAGAGGAGGAUGUCUCGGAAGACGAUGA